AAAAGCUGCUCAUACGUUCACGGCACUGACGUUAUAUCCACUGCUCCACACGCCCUCCCCAUCCUCCUCCUCUUCCUCCCCCUCGCCUCCUCCUCCUCCUCCUCUGUCUCUGCUGUCUCCGCACUGCUGGCCCGUAUCCGUUGUGUGUCAGAGGCAGCAUCACAGCAGCAGCAGCAGCAGACAUUUGGCGAAGAAAAACACGGACUGCGGACGCAUUUUCUGCGCGCUUCUGCUUCGCGUGGACAUAUUAGGGGGGGCGAAAAACAGGAUUGUACAGAAAUCUCCGUCUCCUCAGAUCUUCCUUGCCUCAACACCCCCCUCCUUCCUCCCCUACCUGUGUAGAUGGUUGACUGCAGAUUUGAUGGUGCUGAGCAGGCUCGUCUGAUUGAAGCCUUGCGGCCAGGGGGGGGCAUCUGUGGGGCCGCAGAGAGACAGAAAGCUCCGUGGCUGUCCUCUGCCCACUGUCUGUGAAUGGACUGCGCUCCAUCCGUGAUUUUCUGCAGUCUCUCUGAGUCAUUUGUUGAAGAAGAUGGCGGACAGGGCUGAGAUGUUUUCCCUCUCCACUUUCCAUUCCCUCUCUCCCCCUGGAUGCAGGUAAGAGCUCGCAUACAGAGCGACAGAGGAGGCAUGAAGGGGGCGAUGGGUACAGUUCACGACCAAGGGUGACGCCAAAGAUGACAAAUGUAAUCUCCGUGUUUAAUGCCUGCAGUAUGUCACGUAUUCCCUCCUGUCGUUUGUUAUUGAUAUUUUAAUCAACCUGACAGGCCUGUAACUGCUUCCAUGCGCGCCUUUAGGUACCAAACAAGGCCGAUUGUUAGUGCUUUAGAGCUGAUGUGGUCCGAGAUGACAGCUGUUACUAAAGAUGACUUCACUUUUUCGCUUUUAAAAGUGAAAUGAAAGGGAUUUGUUAAAAAGAAAAGGCAAAUGAUUGAUCUUAAGCAGUCGCGACAGGCACCCGCCUUGCGCAUUCUCUGUGUGAGGCCCACGCCCUGUUGAGUCCUGCCCAGGCAAGGGCAUGAUGCUGAACAAAGAUUUACGGAAGUCCUCCUCGUACUGAUGCUGCUUUAAACGCCUCUAAUGUGGCCUCUGCAACAAACAAUAUGAUCAAUCCUGCCUGCGUUUUCUCCACGACACAAAACACGACUGUGUGUGUGUGUGGGAGAUCAGGAGAUCUUGCAGAAAUAUCGGGCCUGGACAGUGGUUCCUAUAACAUUGUUGGUGUUUUGUUUGUUUUGUUAGCUUUUUUUUCUUUGGGGUGUUAUUUAGACCAGGGAUAUGUGGGAUAUGGAAAGAAACUUUGGUGUGAUUUUAAAGAAGCGCUGUUGAGGAUGCUGCAACAUGACAUGUAUUGCUUCAUAGCAGGAGUAUGGCAUUUCUUUAAUACUAGCUUACUCCUGUUUUAGGUCUUUUUUUCUCUGUACAAACUUAAUACUGGAGAAAAAAAGUCUACAGCUGAUUUAGCUAACAUACAAAACACUAUAUUGUGCUAUAAGUUUUUUAACCCAGUUCCAUAGAGUGUCAGUGAGAGGAAAAGUCAGAGAAAUAGUUAGAAUCUGUGCCAUUAAGGGUACUUUUUGCAAUCAAGCACAACAUUUCAUUGUUCAGUGUCUGCCUCCUCAUGCCCCUUGUUCUUGUACAAUCCAAUCACAUUAGCACACCGGGUCCCAGAGGACUUAAUAUCCCAACAUGCACUCAUGGAGGAUUUUGUUACAUACUGUGGUGUCCUGUCUCAUGGGUUGAUCACGUCAGAUCAAUGGAGCAGUUUUUUUUUUUAUUUGCUUGACUGCCAUUGGCCUCAGAGCUGACAACAGAGCCAUGAAUUAAUCCAUAAAAUUUACAGUGUUUGCAAAUAUCUUUACUGUAUUAGGCUCUCUAGUCUAAUCUAGUCCUAUACUCAUCAGUUUAACUGCACUGAGUUCAAUUAGUUUAGAGUGCAUUCAAGGAGACAUGCUCUGUGUGUUCAAGCAGACAGUAAAGGACAAAUAAAUCACUGGUAAAUCAGGUGUUUGGAACAUAUGCAGAUGAUACAUCUGUAUAUGGUGAUGUGUUUUCUCUAUCACAGCACUCACAAUAGUGUUGCCUUACCAGUAUGUUUGUGUUUGAGCAUCAGUAUCUCUGUGUUUUGGUGCCUGACUGAUUCACAGAUGAAACCACCGGUGGUGUGACGGUAUGUGUGGUUCACUAAUCUGCCUUACGUAACCCUAACAGUGCCUCCAGUGGGCACCAUAAUCCGUAAUAGAGCCUUUCUUUUGUCCAGAAAUUUACGACAGUGAUUUCCCCGGCAUUGAGGGAGCACUCUCUCCACUGGAAAUAAACCCAUAGAAGAUCAGUCUGUGCUGCGAAAAAAUGUUAUCUUACCUUUACAAUACAUCAUUUCAUGUCUGUUGCUAAGAGAUGUUUGCUUCCUAACUGGAAAACAUGGCUCUGGAUGAACAUUAUAAAGGUAUUUGAUGUGAAAGAAGCUAACUGGGGUCCAUUUCAUUUUAAUUUCCCAUCAAGGUUGAUGUUGUUCUGGCCAAAAAACCUAAUUGACUAAAACCCAAAUUACUUGAUGACAUAUAAGAGUGCAGGACUUCCAGUUUAGGCCUGUGUCUGAGGAGCUAAAAGUUAAUCCUACAUUUAAUCAUUUAGCCAGUUUUUUUAACCUGUUCACAAUGAAACGAAACAUAAACUAGACUAAUUCAACAAGCUUUAAUGGCCUUUUACUGAUAAAAUGCAUACUUAGAGCCAUUUUGAGGUAAAAACAGCAAACAAUCAUUUGAUCUAGCUUUUUAAACAUUAGGUUAUUUCUCUCAUAGUAGUCUGUGGUAAUUUGUUAAAUAUACUGUAGUUGCAUGCUCAAGCCUUGCGAAGAAGAAACACUACAUUUGUAAAUGUUUCAGGCUCCUGCACGCUGUUUGUGAAUAUCUUUUAAUUGCGGCCAAGCAUUCAGAUGUAAAUCCCAGUUGCUUCCAGUAGUACAUCAAUAUUUCAGAACGAUGCAACAUUGGCUUCUAUCCCUGUACUUGUGAAUCUAAUUUGUUUAGCCGUGAAUGUUCCACUUUUCCCUCUGACUCUUUGAAGGCUGAUUAGAAGUGGGAUGGAGGGAAGUGAGGGGUGGUGGGUAUGGUAACCAUGGGGUAAGAGGCUUAAAUCAAAUACAGAUCCAUUUGAGCUCCAGCGGUCCAUCUCUGGCUUCCUGUUGCUGGUUCUCUAUCCCUUUUUUUUUUAGUAUUGUUCUUUAUCUUUUCCUUCUUCUGUUUCACACUCUAAGAACAACACCAUGUUUUCAUAGGUUAACCUUUACUACAGUUGUUACAAUAGGUUUCCUCCCUUUAAUUAAAUUGGUCCUGUUGACACAGAAUACGAUAUUUGUUUUCGUCAGUCUGUUGCCAGUGGAUGUAUCCCCUUUAUCAGAAGCAUUAGCUUUGAGUCUGAUGAUUUCAUUAAUCCAAAUCCAGCCAAACCAACAUGAAAUCAUCUGCUAUGAGCGAAGCGAUGCAUCAUCCGUGCCCAUGGCUCAGAUAUGGUGUGAUCUUCAAGCUUGGAUCCGCCACAGACGACGGAGAGUGCUUCAUUAGGUUAAAUGCAUGACUCAUGUGUGUGCGUGUGUGUGUGUGUUUAUAUAUCACACACAGGCGAGUGACAGUGGCUGAAAAGCUUAGAAAAUGUAUCUUGCUAAUGAGUCAGGAGUAAACACAUUCAAUGUCCUUGGCUUUUGAAGACGAUGAUGUUACAGGGAAACGGGUGCUGAUGGUUAAAAGGCAGCAGAGACCAAAUUGCACAUCCAGCCUUUGUUUGUGAGGCUAUUUAUACAUGGUUAUAAAAGUGUCUCUGUGAUUUCUGGUCAGAGUUUUAUUUCGGUCUCAUUUCUUUUUUUAUCCAAAUAUCUAUUAUUCCAUUUUUAAGAUAAGUGACAGGUACACGUAAAGAUCUGAUUGAUCCGACAAACAUUUCUUUAUCAUGUUUUUAGUCUUAUAAAUGUUGAAAAUGUUCAGCAUGUACUUGUCCAGUCUGAGAUUACAUCUUGUUACAUGUCUGUUUUGUUCAACCAAAACUAAAAUAGAAUCAAUCCACUACAAGAGAAACAGUGUAAUCCUUUUCAGACUCGGGGAUAUGAAAAGGUUGGACUUUAUGUCUUUAAAAUCAUAAGCAAUAACUCACUUUACCUCAAUGAGGAGCCUGUGUGGCAUGUGAACAUACAGCCUUCAUAUCCAGUGUGCAGCACCAAGAUAUGCCAGUGUGCUGGUUUGAUUAUUUCUUAUCUGGAUAGAUCAGUACCAAAGAUCACAGAUAUCUAAUAACUGUUCGUAGAUCAAAUGUGGGCUGGGAGGAGGCAGGUAGAAAAUGAAAAGAAGCAGUCAGAUUUGCAGACACACAGCGAUAGUAUCAAAAUGUCAGCAUUUGCAGUGGAUCAGGGUGUGACGAGCAGCAACACGACCAGCAUCAGUGAAUAGUAAUUUUGUGCUGACUUGUUCUCUCUCAGUAUUCUUUUUCUGCUCAGCAUGGAAAGAUUGAGACAGAUGGAAUUCAGAGGCCUUUCCCUGCCUGGAUGGGUAAAGAGACGCAGACUGUCCCUCAGACUUAAAGCUUUUGCUUCAAUCAUGGUAAAUUAAAUAUAACUCGGGGCUACGCGGCGUGGGGUCAGAUGAGCAGGAAGAGAUGAUAAACAUAGUGUGAUGGAGGCUGCAUGCUGAUUUGAAUGCUGCCUGAACACUCUGCAUUGUUGUGAUGUGGAGUCUGAAACUAAAAUAAAGCAGAUUAUUGUCUGCAUAGAAGGGGAAAUGUUUGGUCGUUUGAUCUUAUCCAUGCGAUGAAGAGGUGUAUGCAAGCAUCUCCUGGAGUCAGUGUAUGUUCUCUCUCCUCUGUCUUGGCAGCUUAAUACUGACACACAUUUCUUUGGUUUUGCAGUUUAGGGGAAAUGGGGCCACACGCUAUUGUGGAGAACUCUAAGAAGAUGAGAACACAAACAAAAUGGAGGCAGGAAACACGACAGAAUGGGGAGCAAUAGACGCAAUGAGAAAAGGGAGAAUGAAUGGAAGAAAAGGAGAAUUUACAGAAUUUGGUAUAUGUGGUGUCAUUCAUUUCAGGACCAGUCAAUCAAAAACAACAUAAGAUACCUUUGCAAGCUCCUUUUUUGGCCAGAUCUGACAGGAAAUCUGCUGCAUCGUUUCCCUUGGCCUUAAGAAAUUGCUUUUUGCUAUUAAGCCUAAAAGUCUUCUUUAAUUCCGUUGAAAUGUUGAUUUCAGCAUUUCUAUUUUCCAAGCUUCACAAUAGUCAUCUUCCUGCCUUCUUGUCCAUUUCAUUCUAUUCUUAUUAAAUAGUUUCUCCAUCACGUUCCCUCGACAUCCAGAAACCAAAAACAGGACCCUGCUCUACUGGUGUGGUGGUGACAGCUGCCUUGGAAACAAGGCACUGGUGUGGUGUUUUUCCAUUGUGAAUCAUACACCCACACACUACACAUGCAAACACAGCUUCCCUGAAGACUUGAAUGGUUUAGGAGCUCAUCAGUGACCUCAUUUCCUCAGGUUUGGCUACGACACUGUUUUAAUUAUUGUGGCAGAUAGGAAAUUAGUUUUGGUGGCUCAUCUGUCUGCAUGCAUCCUUAUGGACUGCCCUUAAUUCGCUUAAACUUACGCAGAGUAAAUGGAUAUAUCCACUGUGAUGCAACCAAUAGUUUCCAUGUGAAACCUCAUAUUUAGCAUUUUUUGCCAAAUUUUUGAUAUCAUUUUGGAGCUCAGAUCCAUGCUUGGGCUUGAGGGCGGUGCUGGAGAGGAGCUAUGCGGUCACUGUGGGCUGCUCAUUCAUUAGUCUGCACGAGCCAGCGAACCAUAAUAUUUUAGGCAUUAGCUGAUCUGGGUGGUCUAUUUACACUUCAAAUAAAAGCUCAGUGAGUGUGUUGAAUGUACCAGUCUCAGUGCUUACACAUGGAAAUCUCUGGUGGUAGAAAUUAACCAGAUAAAUCAGGUCAACUUAUCUUUUAAUCACCAUAUCCCGCUCCUCCGCUCAGUGGAAAACAGCAAAACAAUCCUGACCUCAGAGCUGAAAAGAGCUGAAGACUAGACUUUUUGAGCAACCUGUUUGUAAUAUAAACCACAUAAAAAAAAAAAAAAACAGUUUUGCCAAACUCCCAUAAGGCAUUGUGAGGACAAACACAUUCAUGAGUCACAAGUUGUGUUAAAGGAAGUGAUUUGCCUCAAGUGGCUGUGUGAAAAACUGCAGCUAUUAGCACUUGAGUUGGUCUUGACACUAGGCCAAAAAACCCUUAUUGAAAACUCACUUUAGAUGAUUUUCAUCAUGUAUUACAUAGUGUUAAACCAGUAGACAGGUGUCUCUUGUACCAGUAUAACAGGACAACGAAGGUACUGAACUGUAUACUCUAUAUCAUUCAUUUUAAAAGAUGUAAACAAACUGGCCAACCUGACCCAUAAUCUAGUUAAUCUUGAUUUGACUUCAGUUGGCCAACUGAGUUUACACAAACACAAUACAUAACAUUGUCCAAGUGUUUCUCAUAUAAGACUAUUUAAAGGAAGUUCAAGUGCUCACAAGUACAAAGAACAAAUGUAUGCACAUGAACGGGUUUCCACCCUCUUAUGCCAUCAUGGUUUGAUAAGAGGUCUAAUUAUAUGUCACUUUGUGUCCAAUGAUUAUAGGACAUUUAAAAUGGCCAGCAGUCAUGGGAAGUAAUUAGACACGCACAGGUUGCUGUGACACACACACACACACACACACACACACACACACACAAGCUCAAGGUUAAUUAUAAGGGACGCUUUUGAUGUCCUCCAGCCAGAAACCAGUGGUGUCACAUCAGCGAGGACUCAUUUAGAAAAGUGCAAAACUACAGAACAUGAAGAGAGGGAAUAUACAUCAAUAGCAUGGUUUAUUGUUGGAAAUGUAUUGUUCUUGUUGCUGUGGUGUGGCACUGUGGUCUCACAGCAAGACGGUUCCUGGGUCGAUCCCCAGACUAGCAGAAGCCUCUCGGUGUGGAGUUUGGAUGUUUGCAUGCAGGGACCCUCUGCCCAAAGACACGAAGUCAUGCUCACUAAUAGAGAUGGACUGAUUAAUCGGCCAGUUUUUGGUAUUGAUGUAAUUGACAUGCUAAUGGCAUCAGCCCUCACAAGGCAAAUAUUACAGUUUUCUCUUUUUAAUGAAAUGUAUGAUGGGAAUUCUGUUAUGGUGUAUAGAAUAUUAAAGUUUAAUGCAUCUUUUUGGAGUGUAUAUUAACAAUACUCUGGAUUCUAUUGCAUAACCCGAUGCAUCAAUUAAAAAUCCAUAUCAAAUGUGUUAUGGUAAGCAGGUAUAUUUGGUUUUAAUGCACACGGAAUAGUUAAGUUUUACAUUGUGUGCUAUUUAUUAUUUCGACCCCAAUAUUUGCCUUGUAUUUUUUUCUUUCUUGAGACGAUACUUUACUGAAUCGCCUCCAAAUUUAUUUGACAAAAUGUUUGCUCAAGGUUAGUAAUUUUGUUUCCCAUUUAUAAGCACUGUGUAAUUGUUCUGUUUUUUCAAAUGCAGAAAAGAAAAGCCAAUAAUGAGAUAAUGAUCAGCAUUAUAUAUCUGCCAUCAUCAGCUGCCCUGCUCUCUAAUUAUCAGUAUCAGCCAUUUAAAAAGUGGUAUUGGUUGACCACCAUUCAUUAAGUUAACUUGUAAUUCUAAAUGGUGUAUGAGUACAAUUUUAAUCAUGAGUGUAAUUGUGUGCCUGAAUGAUAGUUUGUCCUCAUGUGUCAGCCUUGUAACAGACUGACGACCUGUCUGCCUCUGACACAAUGACAGCUGGGGUUGGCUCCAGCCCCCCUCGGCCCUGAACAGGAUACACGCUAUAGAUAAUGGAGUGGAAUGGCUACAGUUCACUGGCAUUCUAAGCAUCAUGACAACAAAGAGACAAUAUUUGAGAGCUGGCUCAGUUUGCAUUGUUUCAUCAAAUCCAGCUAAAUUUCGAUUUGUAGAAGGUCCAUUUUGUGACCUUGCUCAUCAUGACUUUUUAGUGGUGCAGCUUGAAGACUGACAUUUCUGAGGAACGACAAGCAUCAUACUUUUCAGUCGUAAGAUUCCUGACUGAUAGCUGGCAUUGUGUCACCAUAAAGCUGACUUUAGGUCAGCUGAACAUUUUUGAGUGGAAGCCCUGGGAUCUGCAGCCCCCACAUAUUGGGAAUAGAAAUAAAUAGAAAUAAAUUGUCUUAAUUUCAUUCACAUGUGAAAAAAACCCUCUAAAUUUAAACUCUGCCACUAAAUUAUUGAGUUUAUAUGUCUUUUAAGUUCAUUUUGUGUCCAGUUAUCCAUCGCUUGACCUCUGACUUCAUCUGAUCUUGUUAUCUUCACCAAAGAAUAACUGCAGAGAAUCAAGUGGAUCUACUCUUAACCAUGUUUUGAACUAUUAAUUCUUUAAUCCUCUAUUUUACAGGGGGGUUCGUUCAUAAGUAUAAUAAUACUGAUUUAACACAGUUGUCUCUGGCUGGUUGGAUUGUUUUUUUGCUGUGGGUUUGUCUCACAUUGAAAGUGUCAGACUCACAGACUUUUUAGAGGCUCUGCCUAAUGACAGCUGCCUAAUGGCAGUGUAGGUGGAGGGCUGCCUGGGGUUGAACAUGGCGUGUUUAUAUUUUAAUGUUGGAGACAGCAGUUGUCUUUGCUGCCUUCACUUUAAAUGUUCCUUUUCCCCUACAGACCUCUUUAAAACACAGAAAGCUCCCUUGGUUAGAGAAAUGAUUAUCUAUUUCGAGUUUAACCAUAGUUUAUCCUUUGGAGCGGCCAAAUUCUGAAGGAUGUACCUGUAAUGAGGCUAAAACUCUAAAUCCAAAGUCUUAAAAAAUGUAAUCUGUGAUGACAAAUUCUAGCUAGCGUGCUCAGCCUACAUGAGCAGUCAGCCCUCUGGAAAGGUCCUUCACCUGCAAACAUGCCCUAAAAAGAGUUACAUAUAAGAGAUUUUGCUGUGUAAAUCCCGCUACAGGCUUGAUACAGUUGAGGGUCAACCAACAGGUUUGUAAAGGCUGUCGAACAGCAGCUGGAGAGGCUGUGGGGGGUGUUUCAUUGCUGAUGGGUUCAUGGUGGGGAGUCUGGGCAAUAAACAGAUAAGAAAAGAGAAAAAAGGAAAGCAAGAGAGGACAAAAUGAUCUGUUGGUCAAUUCCUCUGUUUUAAAUCGCUGCAGAUUAUGUAAUAGUCUUAAAUCAGAGUUGUUAUGGCUAUAUAUUAGCAGCGUUAGCAUACUUAACUAGAUUGUGCUUGGGUGCAACUCUCACCCUGUCAUCGGUGUCAUGGCACAAAUUUACAAUAUGGAAUGUCCUUGUUUUAUCUUCUCUAAAAUGGUACCCUGCAUAGCAAUAGUAAACUGUUUCUACACAUCAUGUUGGAAUAGCAACAUCGCAGUGCUAACAAAAAGUGCUUCAGUGGUGCUUUGUAAUGAUCUUGGAUGCCAUAACUGGGAAUGAUGUCACAUCUGAGUUAACUGCAUUUCAGAUAAAGAGUGGAGAACAAAGUUAUAAAGAUUAGCCAUUACUUACUGUUGUUGUUGUUUACAUUGUUAGCUAACAUCAGGCAAUAGCAAUGCACUACAUUAUGGUUAGCAUGCGAAAGCAGCAUAACAACAUGUACACAGACAGAACAUGCCCAAUAUUAAAUAUGUGAUUGAUUUGAUUGAAGACUAUGUUCCUUAUAAAUACUUUUAAAAUCACAGCUCUUUGCUGUUGCUACAGGGAGUAGCACACUUAAAUUUUGAGUCCAGGGUUACUAAAGUUCCUGUGUCUUAAUUCUGAUUUCUGCUGUAACAUCUGACCGACACCUCGAUAUUUUUCACUUUCAAGGAUUAACUUUGAGGAUAAAUGACAAAUCUUACUUUUUUUUUUGCAUCUUAUGGCUGUUUUUGUUUAUUUGUAGGUUGAAAUAAAUAGAACUAAUAAAACACAAUAAAUAUUUUUAUAGUAUAUUCAGAGCUACAGUGCAGAAAGCCACACAAAACAGGAGUCCUUUGGCAUCAGCAUAGUGUUUCUUUACAGCUAUUUUUAAGGGUAUGACAAUAUGAACUCUGAUUUUUAAUGCAUUUGUGGAGGAGAAUUACUCAUAGUUUUUGUAAACCAGUUAGUCUUUAUAAUUUUGAUUUAUGUUAAAUGUUCUGAGAUAUUUGGUUCUAAUGAAUUAUUUGAUGCCAUAAACAUGACAUGUCUCCGUGUCCUCUCUCCGUCCUGCAGCGGCUGAACAGAUGAUUUGUUUCAGUGCUCAGAUUAGUUAUUUACUUUAAGCCUACAUACGAAUAUUAUGAUACUCAGUUUUGUGAUCCAAAUUUAUUUUAUAUGCCAACAUCUAUGAAAGAAAGAGCCAGGCCACGGAGCACGAUGUGUCAUUUACGCUCAGAUGGUUCCAAUUUUAAUGCCAUUUUUGGAGUUUAUGUUGUGAUCUGUGUGCUCAACCCACCUUUGUCACGUGAGGUUUGAAUAUAUGCAACUUUAUGUGAGUGUCUUUAUUUGUGGAAAAGAGUGUUUGUCUUACCAGUGGGUCCAACAUUACACACACCAAAUCCAUCUGUGCGCAGAUGAGAGAGUGUGGAGGACGCCCAAUGCAGCGCUUACAGUGACACUUGUUGAGGAGCUGCCUUUCCGUCGCCAUCGUGUGGCAUUACUGUCUUCAGACAUCUCUUGAUCUCUUUGUCUAACUUCACGAAAAUAGUUAUACCCCUCGCCGGUGGCGGAUUUAAAGGCAAGGAGAGGGGCUUAUGUGAUUGGUGAGAACAGGUCUCGGCUGUGUUAAACCCACUCCACGCCCUCUCUCCUCCCUUCCUACGACUUAUGCCGCUGGGAGGAGCUGAGUUAGGGAGGGGGGAUACUUACGCCGGGCUGCGCCGCUCACCAAAAUACCAAAUUGUGCUUGGGAACGCCUUGUCGGCGCGGCGGACCUGACUUACGCCGGGCCUGCGGCACGUCUCCGGUGAGGCACAAAAAUAGAGCCCAACAUCUCAACCCAUAGACUAGCAAAGACUUCCUCCUGCUGAAAGGGAAGUCCUAAUGUAUAAUAUUCUGAUUUACAUCUGAAAAGCCUUCAUAUAGUCGUGUUUAGGUCAUUUUGCCAUUCAGACAUCUUCUUUGUGCUUUGCUUGUACUAUCAGGAUGAACUCAAGUCUUUCUGUAACUGGCAACAUUCACUCAAUGAGACAUUUGCAUUAGCCUCAAUGCAUUUUUACCCUUCUGUGUGUAUUCCACAAUUAAUAGCCUGGGUAUUUUCUGUCAAAAGGACCUUGUUGUGUGAGAGCACAACAGUAGCAUGAGGGCAAGCUCAUUACUCUGACUCUUCGUGACCCCCCUUUGUGACAGAUGCAGACUGUCCUUAUUAUCCACCCAAACCUGAUGACUUUGUGUAUUCCUAAACCUUUAUGAGCAUGUGAUGCAGGAUUGUUACCAUACAUAAUGUGUGUGGUGUCCUUUUCUUAGGAGGAAAACUGCAAUGCAGCAUUUCCUUCAUCACAUUGCCGUACAACUCAGAGCCUGCUGAAGCUAAUGGGGCAAAGAUGAGACAGAGUCUAAUCAGGAAAAGUUGCAAUGCUCUGGCUCAUUACAAGAGAACAUUUACACUGCCGCCAUAAAUAGAAGUUCAAAAACUCUGGUAUAAGAGGAAAGGCUGCAUUAUCACAUCCAACGCUGGUUUUGAUAUUCAGAGCUCAUACAGAAAUCCUGUAUGAUAAUGUCAGCUAACUUAAUUUGAAAUGUUGGUGUCUAAUUUCAGUUCCUUGUAUGUAUAAGUUGUGCUACGAGAAAUGUUUUAACCCCUUCAUGAUGUGGACCUAUACAAGGGCAAGAGGCAUAGAGUAAAAACAGUAGAUGUGAGAGUCUCAGACAAACCAUAACAGCCCAUGAAGUAGGGCAGGUUUCCUGAACAAAAUUGCUUCUUGAUGAAGUGUCAUCAUGCAGAUUAAAGAUCAAGUUCAAGUACAACAUGUAGUAAAUAUAAUUUCACUCAUGUGUUUCCAGGCCUUCCCACGACAUCAGCCUGGAGGAGUUUGAUGAUGAAGAUCUCUCUGAAAUCACAGAUGACUGUGGGAUUGGACUAAAUUAUGACUCUGAUCCGUAUGAGAAGGUGAGACUCCUGUUUUUUUGUGUAAUUUGACAUUUUCUUUGCAUGGUUUACAUCCUCAGUCAUGUGUGUGGGGGGGAACAUAUAAGCAUAGCUGCAGCAUGUCUGCAUGCAUGUGGUGCAGGUCUACAUGCAUGCGGUGCAAAUCAACUCAUAGAUCAAUAUUCUAUAAGUUGGAGUGUAUUUUCAGUUUGCAGAAGCGUAUUUGUCCAUUGUUGUUUUUCUGCAAAUGCUUUUGCAGGUAUCACAUGUAGAAAAAUGUAAAAGCAGUUACAAGAGCAAAGCAUGCAACUUCAAAUAAGUUGUAGAGAGGAGGAGAUGAAAAGUGUGAAGCACUGAAGGUGACAGAAAGACAGACAGAUAGAAGAUGACCUGGUUUUUAUUGCAGUUUGAUGCUGAGAACUGCUCAUUUGCAUAUGAUUGUCUUAUAUAAGCCCCUCUGUAGCAUACCGGCGUUGCAUUUUAAAACCAUUAGUCUCAGACAGGCGUUUUUAUAAUACUGGGGACAAGAUGAGAGCGUGCAUGGCGUUGGAGUACUCUGACGAUCAUACAGAUCAUACUGCACACAUUCACUAAACUGCUUGGCAUACAAAGGAAACACUAAUUAAUGCUUCAGCUAGGCAUCCUUUUAAAGUGAUAUGCAAAUUAUUGAGUCACCAGCUGUAUCAUCCCACAUGUCCGAGGAGCUUAGACCUUAAUUACUCCAUUUUCAGAACUAUUAUCUCAUACUAUCUCUCUCCCCUUCCUGCUUUUCUCUAUCAUUCCAUCCUCUGGGAAGUAAACGUUUUAUGCUGGUGGCGUGGAGCCAUGGCUGCAGCAGAGGGUGGGUGACCCAGUGCAGUUUGCUGCUAUGCAGAGACAACCUCCCCCUCUCCCCUCCCCUCCUCUCUCCCAUGUGUCUCCCUUCCUUCCCUGCUAUGCAGAGUGUUGCUGGGAGACGGAGCUCAGAUUCCCUGCUUCCUUUUUCUCCCCUUCCUGCUCAGAGCAUUACCUCUCUCUCUCUCUCUCUCUCUCUCUCUCUCUCUCUCUCUGAGGUGACUGGUAGAGGGGAUUUAGCUCAGGGAUGCUUGCUUCGGAGGGUUAAGCUCUAAGCAUAAAUCUGCGCUUGAUAUUUUGCCUCCUCCGUUUUAAUCCAACAACAAAACACAUUAUGGAUAGCAAGCAAAGCCCUUAUAUAACAAGGCGUUUUUUUCUCCGUAGCAUGGGAAGGAUCCUCCAGAGGGAGAGUGAUGAUACAGUAGUGAGGCGAGCAUCAGUGCCCUCUUUCUCCCCCACACUCUACCAUCAGACACACGUCAGCAGAGGCCCUGACUGCUCACUUCACAAGCGAGGCAGCACGGGGCAGGGAUAGUUUCGGUCCUUGUUAGGGUUCAUCCUUGCCGAGAGGAAGUAAUGUUGCUGACAUGGAAGGGUGAGGACACACACCCAGUUGCCCUCUGAGUGUGCAUGUGUGUGUACAUUUAAAUAACAGAGACAGAAAGGCAAGAUACACAAUUUCACGGACAGUGUCUUUCACAUGGUGUUUGAUUUUGCCUGCAUCAGUAGGAUAGGAGACGCUCUGUCAGCGCAUUACCAUCAGCGGUCCGUCAAGCAGCGAGAUCUGCUGAUGAAGAGAGAGGCUUUUGGUUAUUAUGUCAGAAUGAAUCUGUCAUACUGGGCAGCAGGUCUUUGAUGUUUAAAGAGGAACAGCCAAUCUAAACAGUGAGAUUAUCCUCUGGCCCCAAUCCUCGGCUCUGAUUAAUUCCAAUUGGUUAUGGGGUUCAGGUUUUAAUCUGCAUAACCCUUUAGAUCAGUUCUUGGCCUGUGUGACUGGCGCACAGACGCAAACAUGUGAAUAGAACAAACAUAUGACGAUAACAUAUAGCUUUGCUGUUAUCUUAAGCUGGAAGGAGGCAUUUAGAGGUCUCUCACCAGUGUCUGAUUUUCUGUCUCUGAGGGAAUGGUUGUCGCUAGCCUAAUGCUGGGGCUGUUAUUUCCUAUUUUCUGCAGAAGCCACCAGAGUUACUGUCUGACAGUGCUUUCUCAACUGUGUGAUUUUUUUUCUUUUUUUCUCAUGACCUUGAAUUUUCUUACCCAAAAACUUAACAAGAGAUGGGCCACACGAAGAGAACCCCCAGCUUUUUCAUCCCUAAAUCUUCCCUGAUAGUCUCACAUUCACACACGCACAUCGUGCUGCUUUCUGCUCCAUCUCUGCCCAAAUUCUCCACUCCCUGUCUCUUUAACAUCCAUCUCUGCCUCUCCAGAGCCCCAAUUGAGCACCAUGAGCUCAUGCAUAAUUCAGUAUGUGACAGAGCAACGGUGUCGGUGUCCCAGCUUUGGCGCCGCCUGAGUUUUAAAAAUGCGGAAAUUAAGAGUUCGACUGAUAGAUGGAGGCCAUCACUCACUGGGUGGUCUCCAUUAAGGGUGGGCUAUGAAACAGCUGUCAUGAUUUCGAAAUUUAUCUGGAUUACAAGUUAUCUUUGGUAAAUGGGCUUUAUAGGGGCACAUAUGUUCCCUCAGUAAUACAUUUUUUACUGGUAUUUGACACAAACAAAACAAAUAUGCAGGAUGUCCUGAGAAAAACUACAGUUUCUUUGACAUUAUCUCAUUAAUUCACUUAAAAAGUAGAUUUUGCACAUAGUAAAUCAUUAUCUUUUGAAUAGUAAAACAGUGUUGCAUGAAUGGCUACGUCCACAGUGUGUUAGUAAAUCUAAAAUCAGAUAGUUUUGUAUUUUAGCUCCUGUAUGUAGUCAGAUUUAAGGCAGCAUAGCAGCCAUGGCCAGUCGUCCUUCUUUCUUCUUUGACACCCACACACAUAUAAUUGGUAUCCUGUUGACCACCCUUUUUUCUGUUUUAGUUCCUCAUCACUUGACUCUAAGCCUCUUCCUCUCUUUUCCCGACAUUAAUGAGUCCCUGGUGUCUCCUUCAACUAACGCCAUGCAGACCGAGGUUUGCCCAUGGAUCAUCUCUCAUCCACUUGCUGCUUUUUGUGUAUCAUCUGGUCAGUUCAGUAGGCAAGAUGUUCCCCUUCUCUCCCCUCUGCUGAUGACCAGGCUGUAAAAUGGAGCUGCCACCUCUCUGUAGAGUCAGUAGGUUUAGAUUUAACCAUGCUGAACCUGCCUGUGGUCUGCUAAUUGGAGAUCAGAAAAUCAGUCUGCGUUUAUGCUGUUUUUGUUUUAGUAAUAUCAAUUUGCUAGGCUAUGCUUCUUUUUUUUAGUGUAAGCUGGCUCUAUGAAGCCUAAAGCUUCAUCUGAGGAUGAUGGAUAUUUGGAAGCUGAUUAUAAACUUUCUGUCAAUCUCAGAUGAGGAUUUAAACCGUCCAUUGUAAGGCAUUGAUCAAUGAAAUUUUGCCACUUUAAAGAUGAUUUAAAGCCAAAACUCAACCACCUAGAUGUGGGAUAAGAACAAGUUACCAUGGCAGCUCAAAAAAAGUCAGCUUUGCAGCUCAACAUACCUGGGUUUCCCUCUUGUCUUGCUUGGUGGUACCCAGAAAUGCUGCUGAAUUGAGCAUCUAUCGAGCCGAAACAAAUCAACAGUCUAAAAUGAAGUGUUUUAAAAGGAAGAAACGAUGUGUUUGUAGUUUCAAUGUCUUGAAAGCCUCAAACAAUUGCUUCAAAACAACCUUUCAGAAAUAAAUUAAAGUCACUGUGAGGAACUUUUGGGUUGUAUUGACAUUGGCUCCUUCCCUGAACGAAGCGUUGCCUGUUAUUAUCUGUUCCAUUCAUGUGAAAGUCAUGUUUUUAGAAACACAUCUCUUAGUGUUUUUUUUAACAAGCUAUCAAUCAUCUGGUCUGACACCAACCUCCUUUACAGCAUUUUUAAGCAUAAAAAAUUACAACAGUGAAACUAACAGUCUUAUUGCAGAUGGUCUUGUUUUGAAGGUCAUAAAGAGACAACGGUGUCAGUUUCAGUCUCUUUCUCAGCCAGUUUAAAACUCCGCAUAGUGCCUUUAAAGUCUGUUUCCAAUCUUUCAUGUUUAUAGUUUUGUCAAUAGCUAUCUUUAAAAAAGUGAACCAGAAUAGACUCAACAUGGAUAAUAAAUGGUUUCAAAGCUGGAUUUAUGAUGUGAAAGUGCCACCUAUGGUCUGAUGGCUGCUAAUUGAAUCAGUCUUUGGUACGAGCUUUGUUGUGUCCUUGUAUAACAUGAGGAAUAUUGUUGUAACUUAAUACUUCUUUGAUUUGAUUUGACUGCAGUUGUGCUCUUCAAUGCUGAGAGUUAAAAUCAUUCAUAAUGCCUUCCCUGUAUGCAGGAGAGCAUGCUUAUGUAAGCCUGCCUCCUGGGUGACAGUGAAGAGACAGGGGGUGUCCUUGGGAGCUGGAGACCACGGGGAUCUAUUCCCUCCAAUACACAACUUUUAUUUAUAGUGCUCUGUUUUCUUAAAGCCUGCAUAGCUGUCUGUCAGGUGGGCUCACUGAAGGAUUUCUCCUGAUGCUGCAGAUUAUUCUUCUUAGCAGAAAUGGUAUUUUCACAACACUCUGGGUUUUACACUGCCAUGGACUUAAAGGUCACAUACUCUCAGUGAUGGAUUACUAUGGAAAACAGAAUUCUGACACUUGAUCAUAGAUGCAGAACUGACAAAAAUCACAUUCACGUUAAACGUCCAAGUGUAAGACUGACUGUGAUCUUUGUGGCAUAAAGUGGAUGCACCAGCCGUCAGCAGAAUCCAGUGUGGAGUGGUGAGAGAGUGAGCCUCCAUUAAAAAGCCAGCACUGAGGCAUGGAGAAACUGCUGCGCUGUUCAAACAGCAAACUCAAUAAAUCCACCCCGGUUUGCAUUGUCAAAUUCAAGGUAGGGAAGAGAUGACUAACUGUGGUGAUGUCUACUAUCUCGGCCUGAUGAUUUGAUCAUUUUUUUAUUGUAGUAUGCUUCAUCAAAUCACCAACUUUUACAUGAAAUAAGCAAAAGGUGUAUCUAAAAUGAGCAAACAUAUGUACAUAAGAUCCACUUUACAGCUUUUUGACCAGUACUGCACCAUGAACCAUGUUGCAUUGAUAAACCUUUAUCUAGCAAGCACAUGCUACUAUACAGCGUCAACAUGCAUGUAUAGGUGUGGUCUACAAAGCCUCAAUAUUAUUUAGUGCUCUGCUUUCCAGUAAACCAGCUGAAACCUGAGAGACAACGGAUUGAUUUGCUCUCAUUUCAUUGCCCCUCCUAUGCACGCACACACACACACACACACACACACACACACACACACACACACACACACACACACACACACACACACACACACACACACACACACACACACACACACACACACACACACACAGUCUCCUUCAUUUCUCUUUUAAACAGUCCCCAUCCUUAAGACCAAGCCAUUGUUCUGCUCUCUGCAGGGUGACUUUGUAUUAAGCUACUUAAUUAUGUCAACCUUUUUACCUCUAUCUUUUCACAAGACCGUGGAAAUACUGCCGAUACAAAAGGCUGCACUUAGCUCCUUUGUCUAAUGAAAUCAGAAAAACACACAUUAAUGCAUCCAUGAGUGCACACACGCAGAAGACAGGAGGCUACGAAAAGAAUGUAUCAGCAAAAUGGACUGAGUGUUUAUGUGCGCUCGGUUGGAGAGAUGCCCUUUGCAGUGCUUUGAUGUGCAUGUCUGUGUUUCACAAAUGCCCUCUGUGUAAUAACCGAAUGUUGUGUGUAACAUGCUGUUCAUCUCUUCUACUCAAAAUCUGUUCAUCUCGAAGACAGAAGCUUUAAAAUGAAAGAUGAAAAUCUGUUCGAUAUUACUUUCCCUCAGCUGUUUGAUCAGAAGAUGACUUAAUUAGAGUUGCCGUCAUCUUAUAUCUACCGCAGGCUGUUUUAUCCUCUUUACUCCCUCUCUCUUCUGGCAUCAGGACUCUCUGAUUUUGGAGAAGAGCGACAUGCACCACCCAGUCUGCUCCUUCCAGGAUGACUUCCAAGAGUUUGAGAUGAUUGAUGAUGAAGAUGAGGACGACGACGAUGAAGAUGAUGACGAUGAGGAGGUUGACCCUGAUGCACCUCCAUCCCCUUCCGCCUCUCCUCCUCCCUCCCCGACUCUUGGUACCCUGAAGAGCAGACCGACCACACUGAACCUCACGACUGCUGUGUCACAGGUAUGCAGUCUGAGGCUAUUAUAACAUAUUAUCUGUAGUUAUUAAUCCUUGAAACAGUAUGAUGCGUGUUCUCUAAAUAUGUCGUGCGCCAUAUUUUCUCUCCUCAGGAUUCCCUGAACAACAACAGCAGUCUGUCUCCAAAGAAAGGAAGCUGGCAGGACUCUUUACACAACCCAGCCUCACAGGGUAAGUCCAGCAUCAAUAAUCUGCAUGACAUGUUUUCAUGUUAUUCCUCUUUAAGUCUGAUACACAACCCUUUCAAAGAAAUGUGUCUCAAUGGCUGAGAGCAAAGAUGGAAUUCUUGAAACAAAUUAUGAGAGAGAUUUUCCUGUACUUAUUUAUUUUCAUGUUUUUGCAGUUUAAGGAUCAAACAUUUGUUUUCUUACCUGAAAAUAGGACACAAUAUCUUCUAACGUUGUCCGCAUGCCUCACAAAAGUUUCUAGGCUGUUGUCUUGAGAAAUUGACACACCCCAAGAGAAGAUGUGAGAAGUAUUUUAUGGUUUUGUACUGUACUGAAUGUUUAGACACAAUAUGAUAUGCAAUAUGGUAGGAUAUGAUACUUGGGGUAGAGUAUAUUAUGAUACACCUACUAGAUACAUCAUAACAUGAGACAAUAGAUAACAAUAUGGUGAAAAAGGAUCCAUUUGAUAUGAUGUAAUGAUACAUAUAAUUUAGUAUUGUUACAACAUGAUUUUGAAAAAUGCAAUAUGAUACAAUGCUAUACAAUAUGCAGCAGUAGGAUACAAAAGGAUUUGAUAUGGUACAACGCAAUAUGAUACAAUACCAUACAAUACCUUAAGCGAAGAUAAGAUAUGAAAUGAUCAAUUAGUGCCUUAAGCUAAGAUACAAUAUGAUAAAUAAAUAAAUAGAUAAAUAUAUGUAUACAAUUCAAUAUGUCACUCUAUGAUACAAAAGUUAUAAGAUAUGAUACAAAGCAAUCCAAUAAAAUGUACACUUCACUACACUUCCAUAAGAUACUUUAAGCCAAGAUAAGGGAAGAUUGCAUGCUUCAUAUGAUAUGUCAUGAUAUGAUAUCAUAAGAUAUGAUAGGAUACAAUUUUGAUAUUAGACAAUAUGAUACAGUACAACAUGUCAAGCCAAAAUAAGAUUAGAUAAGAUACUUUUGUUAAUGUGCUUAUAAAGUGAGAUCUGAUAUGAAGAGAAAUGACGAUGAUGAAAUUUCAUUUGAUAUGAUAUGGUAUAAUACAACAACAUAAAAAAUUGUAAUGUACCUUUGAUUUUCCUAGUAUAUUUAAGUUGCUUAAUGUUCGAAAAAAUGCUUUGCCACAACUCUAGAUUAAACAAUAUUUGGACCUGUGUUUAAUAUAUGUUUAAAAUUUUUGUUGUUUGAUUAUUGCAAAAGUCUUUCGCUCACAUAUAAUAUAUAUAUAUAUUAUAUAUAAGCAAAUAGUAAAUAAUUAUCUUCUUUACCCACAGGCCGUCUGUCUCCAACCCACUCAUGUCUAGAGGAUGGCAGCCAUGUGACAGGCCAUUGCCCAGCCUCUCCUGUUUCCCAGGCACCAGGGUCCAAGAGCAAAGGUACUCCCCAAAAACAGGCUGGGGAGGGAGGCAACCCCCAGUCCCCUCACAGACCCCUCUUAUGCGACAUGGAGGGCAACAGGCGGGAGAGGCCCGAAUACGGUAACAAAAAGGCCAGCCCAGCAAGUUUAAAGCUCAUUCCAUUAACAUCAGUGUCGUCCAGUGCCGUGAUGUGAAAUUAAGUGGCGUGAUGUGGAUUUGAUUUGUUCAGUAAUAUGUUCAGCAAAGUCAGGCCAAUUUUUGCUCAUCUAAUCAUGUGAACCAAUUUAAUGCGUUCUAUUCUGGAAGUGAUUGCUGAACUUGCUCAUCUCACAUGCCUUAAUUUUUAGAAAAGUAUAUCCACCUCCUUUCAGUUCCUAUUAUUUUAGCUCUUUUUAUGUUUUGCUUUAUAUUGAUCCAACUGGUGUUGCUUUCACAACAACUUUGAACUGGUCCUUUUUCAUCUGCCUCACAUACCUGAUGAUCCCUUGGAAAAUCCUGAACGUUCUCUCUUUAAUGGCCUGUCUUUUUUUCUCCACACUGUGUUUAUUAUCUUCGCAGGCUCUUUUGGACAACACAAGUCCCACCCUUGCUCCGGCAAUGUCACUGAAACAAAAGCAGAUCCUCCAAUCCAGACAACAAGGGUAUCCUCUGUAGAUGAGCACUCCCAGUGUUCGGACACAGAAGUGGACCAUGACCUUAACAGCCACCAUAACCACAAACACUCAAACCAGCGUGCCACCGACACCUACACGAUUACAAGCGAAUCAGGUAUGGAGCCAGAGACCGACCUGGACCCAGAUGGAACCAGUCGCUGUUUGUCAUCCACUGCACCCAUGGGAGGCAAUGAUGGUGCUGAUACACCUUUGUCUGAUGAGGAGUUGGAAAAGGACUUUGAAGUGGAGUACUUGUGUAAGGAGACCUAUGAUAUGGUUUGCAAGGAGAACCAGUCAUGCUAUGUUGAAUUUCCCUCCAUUGAACCCUUUGAGCCUGCUUCCUUCUCCAGCUAUGUGUCCUCCAGCCGCUCAGAUGCUCUUGACAAGUCCACCAUGUCACAUGUUUCAGCAGCUUCUGCUAUGGAGGCAGCUAAUGACUCCACCUCUCCGUCUUCAGACCCAGGAAUAGCAGAUAUGAACCAGCAGGGUUACAUGACUUCAGACCAGGACAAAGACCUCAGCUCUCCAGGAUCUGACUCUGAUGUUGAAGGGGAAAUAGAGGCAGCUUUUGCCUGUGGUGGUCCUGUCGUCUCCAACAUGAUCUCCUCCAUCUCAGAGACAGAGCUGGACCUGACUAGUGAUGACAGCAGCAGUGGACGCUCAUCUCACCUCACCAACUCCAUUGAGGAGGCUAGCUCACCUACAUCAGACCAGGAAUUAGAUCCAGAUACGGAGCUGGAACAGGACAGUGGUAUUGUUGGACUAAAAGCAUCCCUACUUCUUGGCCAACCAGACCCGAUUAAAGAAGGGUCUCCUCUUCCUUCUCCUUCCCCUCUACCUUCACCUACUAUUGCUACACCAUCACCCAUUGACUCUCCCAUCCUUCCUCCAGAGUCCUAUGAUGGUCCAACCCUGAUAGGGCUGCAGAGCUUGGAUGAUGAGCUAUCUUGUGAGCACCAGGCAGACCCGGAUGAGACUCUUCCUCCAGCUCAACAGUGCGAAGACAGCCUGUCCAGACAGAUGGUGCUGCAAAUUGAACCAGACCAUGGUCUUGAGAGCUUCAAGCGCUCCUUCUACCUGCCAGUAGGACCCAGGCUUAUGCCCAGUGCCGAUGAAUAUGAUGGAACUAGUGAGGGGGAAUCUGACUCAGAGAGUGAAGAUGACCUGAGCGAGAACUCGGACUCACCCUGGCUGCUCAGCAACCUGGUCAACAGGAUGAUUUCAGAGGGCUCUUAUCCUAUCAGUUGUCCUGAGGAUUGCUUUAAGAGAAAGGUGUCUGUGUCAGACACCAUCUCACCAUCUUCAGACAUUGGAGACACAGAUGGCUUCAAUGAUGAUGACCAAGAAAAGAAAGCAGGACUUGAGGGAUCAGAGGCAGAAGAGAAGGACAGUGAAAGGUACAGAAAGGAAAGCAUGGAACAAGGAGAGAGGAAGAGUGUAGAGUCUUUGACGAGUGGUGGAGUGAUAGGUUCCUGUCUUUAUAUGAGCAAUCCAACUGAUGACACCAUAAGCCCUCUGAUCACCAAGCACCCUCCAUAUGCCUCUAGAGACUCUGAGAAGAAUCACACAGACAAGCAAUCGAAGAAUAUCAGGAGACAGGAGGAAAAUGAAGAGCCCAACAAUGAUUUGAUGAUGCUAGAGGGGAGGAAGGACCUAGACUCACCAAGCCUCACUGAGAGCGUGGUCAGUGACAAAGACGAAGGACGAGAGACUGAACCCAGGCCAACAAGCCGCUCCUCCGCCUCUCUUGAGCGCAUCACUGAAGUUAAAAACAGCUUGACACUUGACAUACCCACCGCCCAGACCAACCGCUGCUUCAGUCUCACGUACUCCACAGACAAUGAUGAAGAGGAGGAGGAGGAUGGAGACUCUUACCCAUUCCUGGAUGGCUUAAGGAACCAGUCCUACAGAGGUAGUGACUUAGAGCUGGACAGUUCACCACCUAUCGACUCAAGUGUUCAAGACCGUCCCUUGUUGGACAGUGACCUGCCACUGUGUGAUAAAGAUGGUUUGAGGCAGCCCAGUGAGGAUGAUGGACUAGCCUAUGACUCCAUGAAGUACACACUAGUGGUGGAUGAGAAUACAACGCUUGAACUGGUCAGCCUCAGAAGGUAUGAUGACAAAAAUAUAACGUGAGCAGAAUAUUUGGAGUGUUAUUUCCAUCAUUUUUACAAGAAAUAAUACAAGAAAAGUGGAUCUCCAACCUGCUGUAUGUCUUGCUCUUCUAGGUGCACCUCUGUUCUGAGUGAUGACAGUGAGCUCUCCACGCUAUGUGAUGAAGAGCCUUUGGGGACAGGAGAGGUGGGUUAUGGCCAUGAUGAUGAGGAGGAGGUGAGGCCAGAACUUCUCAGUUCCUCUGAGGAUUCCUCUCCUGAAGCUGACCUCCCAUUCUCCAAGAAGUUUCUCAAUGUGUUUGUCAAUAGCACAUCCCGCUCCUCCAGUAGGUUACUCUUCAGACACUACACUUACGGACAUUUAUACACUCGCAGUCAAAUAUUUGAAUUUUAGAGAUCAACAAGUGAUAUUUUCACAGUAUGUUGACCAAAACAACAACAAAAAAGAUUGUAAACAGGUUUAAACUUUUCACAUGACCAAAACUAAACAAGAUACGCUACAGAUUAGGGUCCACUAGCAUUAUUGUUAAAAGCUUUCCUUUUAAGUCCUUAAAAUGACUUCACUUCAUUAGAGCGUGACUUAUCACUGUCAGCAUGAUACAUUAACAUGUGAUCUAAAUUUGGUAGCCCGCACAAGACCAAUGGGAGGACUUUAUCCCAGUGUUUCUAUCAUCAGUCAGUGCUCUCACUGCAAGAUUCAUAUUCCUAAUGAAUGAUGAUUUACAUAAUGAAAGGCUCAUUACGAAGGCUUUCUACUUCAUUUUUGAAAAAUUCAUUUUGCCACUGCUUAGUCCUUUUACAAAGUUUACAUGGAAAGCGCCCCCACAAGUUACAGAAAAUACUCGAUAGUGUGUUUAACUUGGUGUUGCUUGCAUGAAAUUCUGCUGUAGGUUCAAGAUACUAGAAUCAUCUAAACAGGGUAUUUUGUCACACAGGCACAGAAUCCUUUGGGCUUUUCUCCUGCACCAUCAAUGGAGAGGAAAGGGACCAGACACACAGGGCAGUAUAUAGGUAAGGCAACCUUAGGUACACUCAUUUUGACAAUGGAAAACGAACAGUGGCAUUGUGACCACCAUACUGGAGAGUAAGUAUUUGUCUGGGUAGAAAAAAGAAAAUAUUUAUUUAAGAAUAUUCAGAUUUUCCGGUGUGAUAGGAGUCUUGUAGCUAAGAAUAGGGAACUGGUAAUUAUGUUACAGAGGGAGGCAGCUGUCUGAGCAACAGCUGAUCUCAUGACCUGCCGGGUGGCAAGCAAUAAUCACAUCAGCCACCACCUGUGUCUGCAAGUGUGUGCAGAAAAAGGACGCUGCAUGCACCUCCUUUGUGUACAAUAAGUGCUGGUUCAUUUUUAAUUUUGCGGUUGCGUUUCCACUUUUCUCUCUCUGUAAUUAUGUCUCUAUGAUCAAACACACUGCAACCUAUAAGAUGUUCGGGUUCAGUGAUAUAGUACACCGACACAUUUCAUUGUUGUCUCUUUUUUUAUCCUGCUCCUCUUUUCAGAUUCAUUCCCAGACAUACAGAUGAGCUGGAGCUGGAUGUGGAUGAUCCUUUGUUUGUGGAGGAAGAAGAGGAUGACUACUGGUACAGAGGCUAUAACAUGCGGACAGGGGAGAGGGGCAUCUUUCCUGCCUUCUAUGCCAAUGAAGUGAUAGGCCAGUCUAAAGAGUUGCUGGGUGAGUCCAGAAGCACAUUAACUGACUCUCCUUCUGUCUGAUCCUAAAUGCUUGAAAAAUAACAUUAUUGGGUGUUUGUCUCCGCAUUUUGCCUUGUAGGAAUGAAAAGAAAUCCGGCAUGGAUUGAAACUUUUAGCGUCCAGUUUUUGGGGUCUGUCGAGGUACCUUAUCACCAAGGCAAUGGUAUCCUCUGUGCUGCCAUGCAGAAGGUAAGUAGCUUUGAAUAAAGAAAAGAACAACUAAGAAAAAUCUGAUGCGUGUAAAUGCAAGCACAUAUUUGCCGUCUCCACCUGUCUGUUUUGACAUGGAAGUAUAUUGUGUCUGCUAGAUUGCGAUAUCGAGGAAACGGACAGUACAUGUGCGACCUCCUUCUCUGUGUGAGUUAGAGAUCAGCUUGCAGGGAGUGAAACUAAUCAUGAGCCUGGAGGAUGAAUAUGACACCCUUGAUGAGGUAAGGUCUUAUAAAUAAAAAAUCGAUGGCUCAUCUUUUUAAUGUAAGGACAAUUAAUUCAUGGUUUUAGAAUACAUUCGCAACUAUGGUUCAUCGAUGAUUCAAGUAAACUUUCUUGUUUCCUGUCUCUUCGUUCCUCCAGUAUGACAGAUGUAGUCACUUCUUCCAGAUGAAGAACAUCUCAUUCUGUGGAUGCCAUCCCAGGAACAACUGGUAGACAAGCGAGCUGCUUUUUCUGCCCUCAUGUUGCCAGUUUACAGUGCAAGAUCUGAAUGAUGCGAUCAUGUUGUUUUCCUGUCUCUGCAGCUAUUUUGGCUUCAUCACCAAGCACCCGAUGCUGAACAGAUUUGCUUGCCAUGUGUUUGUAUCCCAGGAGUCCAUGCGACCUGUAGCAGAGUGUGUUGGGUGAGUCCUAAUCAUGUUGUUGAGUCAGAAUUCUCUACAUCAAACCUGACCAGGGAACAGAUUUUUUUCUACCACCAGGUUUUAAAGUGUGAAUGGCUUUUCUACCAAAGACAUGGCGUGUUGUAGGAAUUACACAAGCAAUGCGUUCAUAUGAAGAAUUUAGAAUCAGUAGGGAAUACACAUAAUAAAGCAGUUUGUAUUUCUUUUCAUAAAACGAUAAAUUUGCCUUUUUAAGGAGAUUCACUGUGUGGUGAUGUCCCUUUUUGGGCAAAUCUCACAUUGAUCUUGCUGUAGUCUCGUGCGACUUUUUGAACAAACUAUUCAGAGCACCCUGUGGUCCCAUCUGGGGAUUACUUCAAGUAACCCUGCAAUCUGAAUCUUUGCUCAUGUAAAGUACUGAUGACCAACAUGUUAACUUAAGAUUUGUUUCAAAAUAUGAACUGCUUUGUAUUGACAAAAAAAAUCUCAUCCUCAUCCUAAUUGACAAGUGGUCAAAUGCAUCAUUCACCAAGAACCUUUACUGAGCAACAUUCGAGAAGGACUGUAUAAGCUGCUCAGGCAUUGAAAAUAACUAUGAGGAAACAGUCAGAGUUCACGUGAAUGGUCGUGUUUGUAUUCUUAAGUAAGAAAGAGCACUAUAUAAAUUACAGCCUGUUUCACAACCAGCUAAAAACCCCUCAUAGGACCUUUAAACCUCACGCCCAUCUCUCUGCUGCUCCAUUAGCCAACAAUGAUACAAGCUCAUUUUGCACCUCAGUCUUAAUGGAUUUGUAUAUAUAGAGGCUUGAGUAAUGAUUUCACACUCAGUCAUACCUAAUUCAACCAUCCUCAAAUAGUCCAAGAUACAGAUAUCUCACUUUCUUUGGAGGCAGCGAGGGCCAGUUGCACAGCAUGGAGUUAGACAGAGCUGUUUCAUCCCUCUGCCUUUCUUGCUCUGUUUGUGAAAUUUAGACAAAAAAAAAUGGCGGCACUUGUGAAAAACAAUGACCUCAUUCACCAAGAAGCUUCUGGGUGCACUGGGAGUAUUCUAUAAAGCGGUCUUUGUGUUUGCAGCAGCCAGCCAGUUCUUAGUAAACAGUCAGAGCAUGACUGUAAAAUCUGUUACUACAGAGAGGAUUACUAUGGAAGGCUGUGUCAUAAUAGCUGGCAGCUCGAUCAUUAGUCAUGCCCUCAUCUCUGUGUCUGCAGACGAGCCUUCCAGGAAUACUACCAGGAACAUCUGGAGUAUGCCUGCCCCACCGAGGACAUCUACCUGGAAUAAGAAGGGUUGUCAUGACAACCUCCUUCCCUCCUCCAGAGCUUGUGUAUGGUCAUAGGGUUUGCCACUAGAGGGCAGCGUCGGCGGGAUCUUCUCCCUCGUUGUAAAAUACUCCUCUAAACUGGGAUCUUCGUUUCUCCAGUACGCUUGGCAUUUGACUGAUUUCAUUCAUUCAUCUCUCUCUUUGUUAAUUUCCAUCAUCUUGAUGGAUCGAUUGCCUGUUUCUUUGAUCUUUUUUCUAUGAUAUGAAAACUAUGACGCUGAGCACCUGUGUAUUUCAAGGGUUCCUCUUUUGAAAUGACAAACACUAUACCUACUACUGCUGAUUCACUUUUCAAUGCAUGGCUAGUAGGGUUACUGCACACAGAAACACCAAGAAAUACACAUAUCCUAGUGAAUGGCAAGCAGCUCAACAAUCAGUAAAGGAAUGGUGAGGAAUCAAGCGUUUCAUUUACUGUAAAUAUGUAUUUGUUCAAUAUUGACAAACUGCUUGUUUGAUUUCUACUGAUAGUGACAUUGGAGCAAAGUAGAGAGAGUACAGUGAACCGUCCUUGGUCCGAGCUUACCCCUGUGUUGCGUAGUGUGUGUUGUAAAUACAUGUAUAGAAAGUAGACAUACAGGCGCCUCAUCCAAACUAAUUAACAAACACACAGCCGAGACUAGUAAAGGGGAUUGUGUUUUGUUGGAGAAACUGCAGGUGUGGGGAGGUUGUAGUCACUUGGCAUGGCCUUUGAAUGUCAUUUUCCCUGCAGGUAUUUUAUUCAGCUUGGAUUAGGUGCAGCAGCUGUCAGCACAUUUGGAUGAUCUGACAGAAAUGUUUCUCUUUUGUCCAGUCUUCAAAAUCACACCGCUUGCUGACCGUCACCACAGGGAGCUUCCAUAGAAAAUCACUCAGCUGUUACAAAUGCAAACCAUAGAUAUCUGUAUGCUUUGUUACGAUCGAUGUGACUUUCAGGUUCAAGAACGUAUAAGGUCCUCUGAAAAGCCAUAUUCUCACACCUCUGACUGUUUAGCUCUGGUUUUCAUUGUCUAUCUUUUCUUUUGACUCAGCAGUUAAGAUGUUUGAAAAGAAUUUACAGGUAGUCACUGAGAGAGUCCUGCACCUACUUGGUCCUGGUAUCACAAACUUUUUAUAAAGCCUGACAUGGGAGAUUUUGUAGUUAUGUAAAUGGGUUAGACUUUGAUUUUCUUUUGUAUUGCGACAGAAAAAAAAGGAGAUGGCUACAUUAUUCUUCUUUUAUUUCUUGCUUUCAGUCAUGUUAAAAGUUCAAUUCCCACUACAUAUUAACCUUCUUUGGAGUCAUGGAGCAUAAAAUAACUUACAUUAUUGCACCUUACACAGGAGGGGGUUUAUUUAAAACAGUGCAGUCACAGUAUCUACUUACACUGCUCUUUCAGACACUUUUUAUCAUCGUUUUUGGCUGCUUUCACUCACAAUCCACCAGAACAAACACCUCAGAUUUGCAGGAUUUCAGUGUCAUUGAAAGACUCUACAACAGUUGGGAUGCAGGGCGUUAUUUACAUAUGUAUUACUGUCAGGUAGAUCAUGUAUAUACAAUAGCAAAUCUAAGAUAGUGCUGUGUCCUUUAUGUUGAGUAUGUUAUGAAAUGAAAUGAAAUAUGUACAUUAAAAAGAAAUGUUAAAAAAAGAUCACUACCAGACAUCCCCUGAAAGAGAAGAAAACACGUAAAUAUCUGUGAUCUACUUCUGAAAAUUUCAUUUAAGUGUCUUAUGUUUCAGCACAGGAUGUUAUUUCAUUACCUGUCACAUGUGUGACAUCUGGGCUCCUGCUAACAUCGUACCUCUCCACACAAAGGCUUGGGCAGCACAUUUAGGGCACAUUCGUGAGCCGUGACAUCAUCUGUGUGUGACACACCCACCUGACAACUGACCAAUAUGGUGUUAGAGCUGAGUAGAAACCGAGUCAGCUGAAAACUACUAUUACGACUUGCCGAUUAUAGUAAUCGCCUCUGAGCUCCAACAGCGUGACCUAUUCUGAUCUGUAUGUAUUUGCUUCUGAUUUUUGUUUUUCUAUUCUAGUUAAAAAUUCUUCUCUACACACAGCUACACAAAAACAACCUCCGAGGUUGAGCUAGUCCCAUAUAGCAGCUGAGACAUACAUUACCAGUUAAAGCAAACUUUUAUUACAUUAACAAGAUUCUUCACUCUAUACCUAGAGCAAAACAGUAUGUGACAAAACAAACAUAUCCUAUCUUGUAUCUUUAAAAACAAGAACUUGUAAAAUUCCAGGGAAAAACUGAAAAAAAAAGACAAAAAAAUCACUCUGCCUUGUCAUGGGUUUGGUCUUAUGAAUAAAAUAUAUGCUUGAUGUCCAAAA